AUGGAAGAAGGGCAAGUUUUCCCCAUGAAUAGUGGUGCCGGGAAAGCUAGCUAUGCAAACAACUCCUUACUUCAAAAAACGGUGAUUUCCAAAGUAAGAGCCACGGUGGAAGACAGUGCCUUAGAGGUUUAUUUCAAAACCUCUCCAGAGAGUAUGAGAAUUGCUGACUUAGGUUGCUCUUCUGGGCCAACUGCUCUUUCCGUUGCAUCUUACAUUUUGGAUGCAAUAUUGUUUCAACUGAAGCAGAUGAAUCAGAAGAAGCCAUUGACACUCCAAGUGUUCCUCAACGAUCUUCCUGGGAACGAUUUCAACACCGUGUUUCAAUCGCUUUCGAGCUUCUAUGAGAGGUUGAAGAAGAAGAAGAAGAAUGAUCCCAUAUGCUUUGUCAUGGCCGUGCCAGGGAGCUUCUAUGGAAGACUUUUCCCUAAUAACUCCAUGCACUUCAUUCAUUCUUCUUAUAGUUUGCAUUAUUUGUCUAAGGCUCCAAAUGGAUUAGUUAGCGAAACUGGAGUAACACAUAACAAAGGGAAUAUUUAUAUUACAAAGACAAGUCCUGAUGUGGUUGUGAAAACAUACUUGAGACAAUUUGAAGAGGACUUCACAGUCUUUUUAAGGUGUCGUUCCGAAGAAAUGGUCAUUGGUGGUUGUAUGGUACUAACGAUGAUGGGCAGUGCUAUAAGUAAUGACCCUAAACAUAUGUUGGAGAUUGUGGGAAGGGUGUUAAAUGACUUGGUCUCUCAGGUAUGUGGUACAAUUACUCAUCUUUUUUCUUUCGUAAUUUAUUUUCAUAUAAAUAUUGCUAAAAUUAUUUUUGGCAUAAUUGAAGAAAAAAGUGUGGACAAUUUUAACGUACCAGCUUAUUGUCCGACGGAGAAGGAAGCGAGAAAGGUGAUUGAAGAAGAUGGAUCUUUCAGGUUGCAAAAGCUCGAAGUUUUCCAACUUCCUUGGGAUGCUGGUUUUAAUGAAUCGAAAGGCAAAAACGAUAUUAAUAAUAAAUAUGAUAGAGGGAAAUAUAUUUCAGAUUACAUCAGAGCGGUUUUAGAGCCAAUUCUGAUGAAACAAUUUGGAGAAAGUCUCAUCAUCGAUGAUUUCUUUGAGAGGUUUACCCAAAAAAUUAUUGAAUCUAUUGCCAAUGAAAAUUGGCACUACGUAAACUUGGUUAUUUCGUUGACAAAGAAUUAA